CUAACUGUUUCUUGUCUUUUCAUCUGCUAAAUUGUUUUGUAGGAUGUAAUUGAUGCUUAUAGAAUUAGUAUCUUGGCUAGGUUAUUUUAAUCUUAGUUUAUAUUCUAAUUAGUAGUAGGUGACAACUUGUAGCGGUCGAGUCACUCGUCGUUGCUUGAUUCCUUCAUGUAAGCGCAGCUCUACUGGUCGCUUCUCCUCCAACCAAUAGGUUGUGUUGGAGUCACCAUGGCCACGAGGGGCACACCAAACAGCUACGUUCAGGCGUUUGCUGUCUCUGAUGACAACAUCUGGGGUGAAGGAGAUCUGUUCAACGCCCCCCAACCAGUUAUCGAGGAGCCUGUCAUGGGCCUUGAUCCUAUGACAGUUGCCAUAUCAAUGAUCUCUUGUGGAGAAGAUGCCAUCUCCCCUCAGUCAUUGAGUGUGUCGGACGUUGAGUCGUCGAUUGAGAGUGGGCAGCUCCUCAGCGAGGUCUUCUACGAGUGCAGGAAGGAUAUUUUGGCAAAGGAAGGAAACGAAACUCCGCUCUCUGAAGUCCUCAGCAUCAACAUCCCUACUGUCAAGAGUACUAGUGAUGAGAAGAUGUUGAUAGAUGAGAAGUCGUCUGUCGAAUGUUCAUUUCAGAAGAGUGUUAGCUCCAGUUGUCUGAGAUCGAUGGACAACGACGUCCAUGAGGCUCCCCUGAGGCCCAGCUUUCUUGAUUUUGCAGUUGAAGACUUCGAAGCUGCUUAUGGGAUGCGACGAGCAUACAGUGAAGGAGACAUAAAGGCUCUUUGUAAUGGUAGCAUAAACCACGUCGAAUCGCCAAUGGGGCAAGUGCGAGUGAUGAGCAGUUGCAUUUCUGAGGUCCGACGGGAGAAGCUAUCAAGAUACUGGAGUAAGAAGUCCAAGAGAAAUUUUGGCAGAAAAAUAAAGUACGCUUGCAGGAAAGCUCUGGCGGAUAGCCAGCCGAGAGUUCGAGGAAGAUUUGCAAAGACGGAAGAAACAGAAGCUGGGAAGAAGCUAUGAAGCAUAGGAGAGAGUGAGUAGUUGUUAGAGUUUAUGUAGUGAAGAAGCAAACAAGAUGAAGAUGAUGGUGGUGGUGUAAGGAAUACUAAUAAGCUUAAUUUGUUUGUUUGGCGUAGCAGCUCAGCUAAGACAAUAAUUAGCCUUUGUAGAUUAAAUCAAAUGUUCGUUUAGAUUAUUAUGUAGGGAGUACUACUUUUUAAUAAUUCCAUAAACACUAUAAAUAACGUCUUUUGUUUCUCA